AUGGAAACAUAUAGAUCAUAUUGGAAGUGGGAGAACGUAAAGUUAUACUUUACAGACCCGAGUCUUUUGACGCUUGAAGUGCUCUUCAUUCUUCUGACCCUCAGCAACGUAUACGUGGUACACACGCUCUUCACGACCGUGAUACCGGCGCCGCUGUUCAUUACGUGGUGGCAGCUGGCCCAGGGCCUGUGGACCGCCUGGGUGCUCGGCGACUUCGGAGCCUCGUUCCCGAAGCUGGCCUACUUCCCGCCAGUGUCAAUUGACGCAGGGCUCCUCAAGGACCUCCUGCUGCCCACAGUCUCGUACGUCGCCAUGCUCACGUCGGCGAAUGUGCUCCUGUCGAAGGCGCCAAGCACCGCAGCAUUCCCAAUCCUGGCAUCGGGAGCAGUUGCAGCCCAUCACGCAGUCCGUUUCGUGGCCUGCGGCGAGGAGUACAUGCCGCUGAGGUGGAAGGCAGUGGGCUUACUCGUUAUGGCCUUCGUUCUGGGGGCCACCGACUCCAACGUCGCUCCAGGAAACGUGGUCACGGCAGCCUGCGUGUACGCCUUUCUGGCCGCAGUCUUCAGAGCCGGGUGCAUGGAGCGCGCCCUGCACGUGGUCAACGGCAAGGGCAACGCGCUGCACAACCACCAGCACCUGAUCGGCGCAGUGCUGCUUCCAGUGGCAGUGUUCUUCAGCGGAGAGUUCACAGUCCUGCUCAGAGACCUGCCCUUCAACUUUUUAAGCGUGAGGACGUGGCAAGUUUGGGGCUGCUUCUUCUUCGUCGGGACCAUCCCGUUCCUGAAGAACGUGGUCUCCAACAGACUUAUCAGGCAGACGGGCCAGGCUCCGUGGAGGUGUCUCGAAUUGGUGUCAGUUGCACUGCUCUUCCUGAUAGGCUCCGCUCAGCUGAAGCCAUCCUGGAGGUCAGUUCUUGCAACGAUGUUCGUGCUCGCGGGCCGUUUACUCGGAGCAUUCGACGUCGUCAAAAACGCGUCAACUGAGCAGCCUACUGACAUGUACACCACAGCAAGCAAGCCAUUCUUAGACGAGGAGCACGCAAGCGCACAAGAAAUGCACUAA